GCGCGUCAAAAUUGCCAACGCCAAAAUUGUGUGGCAAGUGAGCGUAGGCCUGUGGGUGAUAACUGCGAUUCUUAUUGAAGCUGACACCCUUCAGGGAAUGGGACCAACAGUUGCCAGUUACGUCGAGUAAAACAGUUAAUUCUCAGCAUGGCUGAGUAUCUCGCCUCGAUCUUUGGAACCGAGAAGGACAAAGUCAACUGCUCCUUCUACUUCAAGAUCGGUGCGUGCCGCCAUGGCGAACGCUGCUCCCGGAUGCACAACAAGCCCACCUUCAGCCAGACGAUCGUGCUGCAGAACCUGUACGUGAACCCGCAGAACUCGGCCAAGUCGGCCGACGGCAGCCACCUGGCCAACAUCUCGGACGAGGAGAUGCAGGAGCACUUUGACAAUUUCUUCGAGGACGUGUUUGUCGAGUGCGAGACCAAGUUCGGCGAGAUCGAAGAGAUGAAUGUCUGCGACAACCUGGGCGACCACCUCGUCGGCAACGUGUACAUCAAGUUCCGGCGCGAGGAAGACGCCGACAAGGCAGUGCUGGACCUGAACAACCGCUGGUUCGGCGGCCAGCCAGUGCACGCCGAGCUUAGUCCGGUCACCGACUUCCGCGAGGCCUGCUGCCGCCAGUACGAAGUCGGGGAGUGCACGCGCUCCGGGUUCUGCAACUUCAUGCACCUGAAGCCAAUCUCGCGCGAGCUGCGCAAGGAGCUGUACGGCCGGCGCGGCCCGGCCUAUGUGGGCGGCGGGCGGCGCCGCUCGCGCUCGCGGGACCGCGGCGGCGGCGGCGGCCGCGGUGGUGGCGGCGGCGGCCGCCGUCGGCGCUCGCGCUCCCGUGAGCGGCGCCGCUCACGCAGCCGU